GGUUGGCAACCUGAUCCUGAUCCUCAUCCUCUCAGGACACUUGUGCCCUGAAGAGAGAGAUUCAGAAGUUAGGCAGGACCCUCAGGUGCCCUGAUGGGGCCAUGGUGGGUGUGAGUGCGGAUCAGGGACCACUCAGCUGCCGGCUGCUGAUGCUCUUCUGUCUUCUGCAUCCAGGGGCCUCAGGCCAACCCCACUCAACCCCCAACAACCCCAGGGAGGAGGAUGUGUCUCUCCAAGGAGUACGGGGCAGCUCAGUGGAGCUAGACUGCAGACCCGGUCCUGCCCCCAUCGCGGUCCUCUGGAGCUUCACUCCACUGGGUUCCCUGGUUCUCCAGCCUAUAGCAGUCACCAAUGGAGCCUCUACAAGGAUAGAGUCUGGGGCGUCAGCUCUGGGGGUCGUGAGUCUGAGGAACAGCAGCCUGGUGAUAGAGGAACUCCGAGAGGGUGCCCAUGGCCACUUUCUAUGCCAGACCCUGCUCGUGUCUGGUGGCCAGGUCCAUACCACCUACUUGUACCUCACACUCACCGUGCUGGUGCCUGUGUCCAAGCCUCGGGUGCAACUGAAUGACUCAUCCCCGGUAGAAGGACUCUCCGUGGUGGCCACGUGUGCUGUGAGGGAGGGCACAGAGCCAUUGACCUUCUCCUGGCACCAUCACACACCCCAAGGCUCUGGCGAGGUCCUGGUGGGUCUUUCCGAGCCGAGGCUCCAGCUAGAUCCAGUCAAUCGGACGCACCUAGGCUGGUACGUGUGCAGUGCCAGCAAUGCCGUCAACCAGCUGAGCAGUGAUGGCGCCUUCCUAGAUGUCAUCUAUGGUCCAGACAAACCUGUGAUUACUGUGGAGCCACUGGGAUUCAUUGAGGACGGGUUCUGGGCCAGUGAGAGGGAGGAGGUGAUCCUGAGCUGCCUGGCUGCAUCCAAUCCACCCAGUCACUAUGUGUGGUUCCGUGAUGACUCUCAGAUCCACACUGGGCCCACCUACGUCAUUGCCAGCGCUAGCCGCGCCCACACAGGCCUGUAUACCUGCCUGGCUCACAACCGACAUCUAGAUACCCACACGCAGACCACUGUGCAGCUCACCAUCUACUAUCCCCCUGAGGGGCAGCCCUCCUGUGCUGUGCUCCCUACCCUUGGAGGUGUGACCCUGCUAUGCAACUGGACUGGGGGUUUCCCAAAUGCCCAACUUCACUGGGCAGGGCCCCAAGGGAUGGGCCCGACUGCCCCCAGCAAUGUCACCUGGAGUUAUCCAGCCACCGGACUUCCAAACGGCAGCAUCUUCACGUGCAUGGGACAGCACCCAACCUUGGCCAUGCCCAUUUUCUGCAGGGUCACUCUCUGGGAACCUCCAGGGAACCCAACCUGCCGGACCACAGCCACAGUAGGUGACCAGUUCAUCAUGCUGAGCUGUGAGUGGCCUGGAGGUGAACCUCCUGCAAUGCUGAGCUGGCUGGACAGACAUCAGCAGUCUCUGGGGGACCCGCGCUCUUCGCCGGCGGUCUACCUUCUGCAGGCUCAGAGUGAUUUGGCAGGCAGAGAGUUCACCUGUCAGGGCUAUCACCCACUCAAGGCCCCUGGCUCCCACUGCCAGCUCAGGCUGGAAGCCCCACAGCUGGCAGUGGAUGAAGCCCGAGUGUCAGUGCUGGAGGGAGAAGAGGCCUGGCUGGGCUGUGCUCUCCAGCGGGGCACCCCACCUGCUCAGCUCAUCUGGCUGGGACCCCAGCAACAGCAGUUUAAAGGAAGUACUUACGGAUUUGUGCUACACCCUGAGGGCACCCACCUGCGCCUUCAAGUCCGAGAUGCUGACCCAGCACACCACAGGGGCACUUACCAAUGUGUGGCCCGCAAUGCCUUAGGCAAUAGCAGCCGGAAUGUGCUGCUGGAGGUCCUGAGGUAUCCAGCCCCUCCCAACGUCACCAUCAGCCACCUGACCUACCGGCGACAACGGAGAGAGGUGCAGCUGCAGUGGGCCAUCCACGGCCCCGGGAACCUGACGGGCUUUCUGGUGGAGCAGAGGGCCAGUGUCCCAAGCUCAGAAGCUGGUGUUUGGGAGGUAGCAGCUAGUGACAUCGAGCCAGAGAGCAGGGACCGGCGUCUGGGAGGGUUGGACCCAGGGGUCCUUUAUGCCUUCCGCAUCCUGGCUAUGAAUCACCACACUGCAGGAUAUCCUUCGGAGGUGAAGACACCAGUGGACCCUGCCUUCAGUGCCUACCCAGCUGUACUGGGUGCUGCAGGCUCAGGAGUGGUGGUGACAUUGGUGGCCUCCCUGUUGGUGUUCCUGUAUGCUGCCCGGCACCCACACACUUUCCCCUGCCUCAGUCGUCUGCUUGUUCCCAUGGAGCACAGACAGCAACAGAGGGGCUCCAGGGAAAGCUUUGAGACACCAGCAGGCACUGAAACAGCAACUACGAGCUCAGGUUCAGACCCUGUACAAGAAUCCACUGAUGCUCCAGUGAAUGUCACCAUCACAGUGACUGCAACUCCACAAGGUCCAUGA